AUGGACCAGGAGCUAUUGUUGGUGGAUGAAGAACCCACGACUUAUGAAGAAGCAUUGACUAAAAAGGAUUGGAAGCGAGCCAUGGAAAUGGAAUUGCAAUCAAUUGAAAGAAAUAAUACCUUCACUAGCUCAAGUGAGAAAGGCAUUCUGGAAUUCAAGAAAAGAAUGAAACAAAUGUUUGACAUGAGUGAUAUGGGAUUACUAUCCUACUAUCUGGGAAUUCAAGUGACUCAGGGUAAAGAAGGAAUAAAGCUCACUCAAAAGGGAUAUGCAGAAAAGAUACUAAAGGUAGUAGGAAUGGAAAAUUGCAAUAGCUCACAGUACCCAAUGGAACCCAAUCUUCAAUUAACCAAGGAUGAAAGUGGAGAGCCUGUAAAUGCAACAAAUUACAGGAAACUGGUUGGAAGCUUAAGGUACUUGGCUCAUACAAGACUCAACAUAAGAUACGACAUUGGGGUUGUGAGCACGUAUAUGCAAGAUCCCAAGCAAAGUCACUAUGCAACCAUAAAACACACCCUCAGAUAUAUGAAAGGGACGACUGACUAUGGGCUGAUGUAUCACAAGGGCGGUGAUGAAAAGCUCAUAGGCUAUAGCGACAGCAGCUAUAACAAUAAUCGAGAGGAUGGUAGAGGAACCACAGGGGUGGCUUACUACUACUCAGGGAACUUAAUCACAUGGACCUCACAAAUGCAGAAAAUAGUGGAUUUAAGUUCGUGUGAAGCUAAGUAUAUGGUUGCAACUACAGCUGCCUAUCAAGGAAUAUGGUUAAGAAAUUUGUUUAGUGAUCUAGUUGGGAAGAUAGCAAAAAAGGUGAAGCUACUUAUAGACAACCAAUCCACCAUUGCCCUUAUAAGAAACCCAGUUUUCCAUGGGAGGAGUAAGCAUAUAGACACUGAGUACCACUUUAUCCAUAUGUGUAUUGAAAGAGAGCAGAUUCAUGUAGAUCACCUUGAUCACCAACAGGUCGAAUACGAAACAAUUGAGCAACGAUUCCGGGGUGAGGCUGACGACGUAAUUACUAGUCUUCUCAAAAUUGACUUGGUAGGUAGAAACGAUGAACGUUUGAGUAAGCUUGAAGAGUAUGGCCUGAUGACUGACGUACGUGGAUGA